AUUUUCACUUUGUAUCUCCUCUUCAACAAAAUUUUUCAAAAUUUUUCUUUCUCAAGAUAGCUAUAAGACCCCAAUUACCUUGCACUCUAAAAUGAUGAAAGUGAAUAAAGCCUGAUCAAGAAACUAGAAAAGAUGUUUAAGCUGUUAAAGUGUACUAACGAGCAAAAAGUGGAGUUGGCAAUGUUCACGUUAGAAGGUGAAGCUGAUGAUUGGUGGAUAGUUGCUCAAGAUGGGUUCUCUAAGAGGGGGGAAAAGGUAACAUGGGACAAGUUUGUUCAGGCCUUUUAUCAGAAAUAUUUCUCUGAAGCUGUUUUAGAAAGAAAGGAACUAGAGUUCAUGAAUUUGAAGCAAGAUGAUAUGAUAGUUGAUGAGUAUCAAGCUAAAUUCAAAUCCCUUGUGAAGUUUACUCUUUACUUUGUCAAUGAUGAAGCUAGGAAGGCAAGGAAGUUUCAGAAAGGGUUGAAAGCUUCCAUUAGGAACAAGAAUAUGGAGACUCAUGAUCAAAAAGGCAAGGGAAAGGCUACUAACAGCCAACCUUUCAACAAGAAGCUUGAUCAAAGAGGAAAAAGGAAGAUGCUAGAAAACAACAAACAGAGUUAUGAUUCUUACAAGAGGUGCGAACAACAAGCUCAGAACACUCCUACAGUUAUAAAAGGUAAAAUACCUAUCUCUUUUGGGAAUGCCAAUGUGUUGAUUGACUUUGGAUCUACCCACUCAUUUGUGUCACCUAAGUAUGUGCCAUUUUUGCAUGUGGAGCCUGAGACCCUUGAUUGUGUGCUUGUGGUGAAUACUCCUUCUAAGGAGGUUUUAACAUCAAAAACCAUCUAUAGAUCUUGUAGAGUUAUGGUAAAGGGUAGAGUCUUUCCUGCCAAUCUGAUUUUGUUAGGAAUAGUGGAAUUUGAUGUCAUACUUGACAAACCAAUGUCUGUAGAAGGAAUUCGAGUAGUAGAAGACUUCCCUGAUGUUUUUCCCAAAGAGUUGCUUGGGUUACCUCCAGAUAGGGAGAUUGAAUUUACUAUAGACCUUGUACUUGCUUUUAUGGAUCUUAUGAAUAGAAUCUUUCAACUAUACUUGGAUAAGUUUGUCAUUGUCUUUAUUGAUGACAUUCUUAUCUUUUCUCCUGAUGAAGAGAGCAAUGAGGAGCAUCUUGCCAUUAUUAGUUUUCUGGGUCAUAUUGUUUCUAAAGAUGGCAUAUCAAUUGAUCCAAGUAAAGUGGAAGCAAUUGUGAAGUGGGAAAGGCUGACUAGUGUCACCGAAGUGCAGAGCUUUCUUGGGCUAGCAGGAUAUUACAGAAGGUUUGUGGAGGGAUAUUUAAAGAUUUCAGGUCCGUUAACACAACUUACUCAUAAGAAUCACAAGUUUGAAUGGACAAAUAAAUGUGAGCAAAGCUUUCAAGAGUUGAAGAACAGAUUGGUCACAGCACCAAUUCUUGCUAUUCCCGACAAUGGAGGAAACUUUGUGGUAUAUACCGAUGCUUCUCACAAAGGCUUGGGUUGUGUACUUAUGCAACAUGGACGGGUGAUAGCUUAUGGGUCCAGACAGCUCAAGACGCAUGAGAGGAAUUACCCUACACAUGAUUUAGAACUUGCUGCCAUAAUUUUUGCACUUAAGUUGUGGAGGCAUUAUUUGUAUGGAGAAGAGUUUGAAGUGCACACUGAUCAGCAGAUCUUGAAAUAUUUAUUUUCGCAAAAAAGAGCUCAACUUAAGACAAAGAAGAUGGGUGAGUGGAAGUGGGACGCCAUCUCAAUGGACUUUAUUAUGGGAUCGCCAAAGACGAGAAGGCAAUUUGAUGCAAUUUGGAUGAUUGUGGAUAGAUUGACAAAGUCAGCUCACUUUUUGGCCGUAAAACAAAAAGACCCAUUGGACAAGUUGGCCAAGUUUUAUGUUCAGGAGAUUGUUAGACUCCAUGGAGUUCCAGUGAGCAUUGUAUCGGACAAGGAUCCAAGGUUCAAUGCAAGAUUUUGGAGAUCUUUUCAAAAAGCCAUGGGAACUCAAUUGAAAUUAAGCAUAGCAUACCACCCACAAACUGAUGGGCAGUCUAAGAGGACUAUUCAAGUGCUCGAAGACAUGUUGAGAACUUGUGCAUUAGACUUGCCUGAAAGUUGGGAUGACCAUCUUCCAUUGGUAGAGUUUGCUUAUAAUAAUAGUUAUCAUUCUAGUAUUAAAAUGGCACCUUAUGAGGCUCUUUAUGGUAGGAGAUGUAGAGCUCCAAUUUGUUGGGCAGAAGUUGGUUAUGGAAGGGUGUCACCAACUAAGGGUGUGUACCGGUUUGGCUUGAAAGGAAAACUCAGUGGGAGAUAUAUUGGUUCAUUUGAGAUUCUUGACAGAGUUGGUGAAGUGGCUUGUAGAAUUGUGUUGCCUCCAAAAUUGUCAAAUGUGCAUCAUGUAUUUCAUGUGUUUGUUUUAAGGAAGUAUGAGCCAGAUCCUUCACAUGUCAUUAACUACGAACCAUUGGAGUUGAAGGAAGAUUUGAGUUACACCGAACGGCCAAUACAGAUUUUGGAUAGAAAAGAGAAAGUUUUGAGGAACAAGACUGUGCCUGUAAUAUCCCAAAAUUUUGGGGUAUUUUAGCAUUAAGUUAAGGACCUUUGUGUGAGAAAAUAGUGUUUUGAGGCUUAAUGAUCAAAAUGUCCAAACUUGAGGGACUUAAAAAGAAAGGAAAUUAGGAUAA